AUGACUGGCCGCGGCAAAGGAGGCAAAGGUCUAGGAAAGGGAGGCGCCAAGCGUCAUCGUAAGGUACUGCGUGAUAACAUCCAGGGUAUAACAAAGCCCGCCAUUCGUCGUCUGGCCCGCCGUGGUGGUGUCAAGCGUAUUUCCGGUCUGAUCUACGAGGAAACACGAGGCGUACUGAAGGUGUUUUUGGAAAACGUUAUCCGUGAUGCCGUCACCUAUACGGAACAUGCCAAGCGCAAGACAGUCACCGCCAUGGAUGUGGUUUACGCUCUGAAGCGCCAAGGACGUACACUGUACGGUUUCGGAGGUUAA